AUGCACUCCUUUAUGCCGGACUGGAAGUUCGUUAACGAGGCUGCAGAACAAAUCCUGCACGAGGGAUUCAAUGGGGAUCUAUAUCAGCGACUAGGAGGAGCUUUUAUUGCUUCAGAGGCCCAACCCAUAGCACAGGGUCAAGCGUCCGUCGCCUUUCGCUUUAUCAACAAGCACCACUUGGCAUUAAAUUUCAGCACAACACCCUCUCUUGCACGGCUUAUCAUUGCGAUCUUGGAUGGCUCAUGGACACCGGAGCGUGGUGAGAGGAACGAGACCGGAUUUUUGGUGCUUUGGAGGAACCAGGAAAACACCAUCACAUAUCCCAUUCCACCUUCAAGCUUUCUUCUUCGCUACAUCUCAGCACUAUUGCACAUCAACAUAUUCCUGUUUGACACCGCCGCCCGCCCCAUUGUCAUCACCCAUCCCUAUCCAAAAGGAGUUGUCGGUAUUCUUCAUGAUGCAUCGUCAAUUCUGGGAUACUCGGACUACAAUGUACUCGGACCAACUCGUACGGAACAGGACGAUCUUUUCAUUGAUCUACGGCCACCAACACCCCCGUCUCUACCACUUCCACCAGGACCUGCCGCGACAUUCCGAACCGCCAAACGACCGCGCCAGCAGAGAGAAGGAUGCGAGAUCGACAGGGUCGCACUAGAGACCAUCUACAAGGAGGAAUGUGAGGCCCGAGUCAAGAAGGAGGCGGCCGAUCAGUGCCGCACGGCGAAGAAGCGUGCAAAGAAGGAGGCAGAUCCGAGGGAAGCAUUGGAGAAGGCACAUAUUGAUGCAAAGCAAGCGGAAGAGAAACGUGUAAGAACGCCUCGGGGAGUCAUGAAUGAAACUGCUCGACGCGUUCGCCAACACUGCGGCAUCAACGACGAAGAGGACUUUACCAACCAUCACGCAUCGAUGAUGAUUACCCACCCUAUUGGAGAACCUCAGACCGUUACUGGACGAGCUCUAGCGACAUAUAAGGCGGCCUUAUCAAGACACUUUGACAUGGCAUGGAUCGAGGAACAGGACCACAUAUCUGAUCCUACCGUUGCUUCAGCAAACUCAACAACUAUCGCCCCAACCCCAUCGGACAUCGACGCCCAGGAUGACAACAGCAUUCGCACUAUUACCCUACCUCUUGCGAAGCUGCUCAGGACGGAUCUCCCCACGAAGGAUCAAGAUUACAUCACCAAGAGGCUAAACGACGUACAGGGUGAGGUGUCUGACUUUAUGGAAUCCGUUGCCAUGGGAGCGGACGACUACUUCAAGGAGAACCCGAUCGUGGAAGCGGGAGUCAUUACUCCGGAGUGGCAACAGAUUGUAUCCGAUGCUACGGAGUUGAAGCCCCGAGUGAAGGAUCCGGCAACCUUGCUAUCCCAGGAUUAUUUGCAGUACCUUGGAGUUCGGAUUCCAGAAUUGAGACGUGCGAGGAAGACCCCCAAGACUACCACCCACCCCUUGUGGGAUACAGUGCUUGAAAGCAUCUAUAGCGGGAAGCUGGUACCACAAGCCUGGGAUGAUUCAAGGCAUCCUGACUCACCCUCAUCCAACCCCUUCAAGAUCAUUCCAAGCUUGUCUCAAGCCUCUGGUUCCGGCGCUGUGGAUGAUGCCUAUGCUGCUGCUGAUGCCAAUGUCGAGGUCGGAUACCAGUCAGAGGACUCAUCGAAGGAAAGCCUGGGGGGCUUGACGGCCACACUCAUGCGAGAGUACGCUACGAACAUCAAGAUGAUAUGGUCUGGAGACAUUUACGAGAGGUUGAGACGGUACGUGGUGCACAAUGUUCUCCGACUCAAUCUACGACCCCAGAGCGAGGAGAAACACCGCAUCCAAAAGCGGAAGCGUGCUAUCAAGAAGGCCGAGGAGAUGAAGGAGGCGUCGGCAUCGGCAAGCCAAAAGCGUCGAGAGUCCCUGAGGAACUGGAAAAGGCGAAACCAGGACCUAUUCAAUCAACUUGAUCACGCAUUUGAUACUAGUCGAGACGAGGAGCGCAUCAACAAGAUUUUCGGGCUCAUUGACAUCCAUCAAGAGCGGCGGCCAGGAGUCAAGGAGCAGAACAAGUCACGUGGACUCACCCAAAGCGACGACUACGAGACGGACUCGGAGUUUGACGGCUCAGACGACUCAGACGACGAUAUGGAUACUGAGUUGGUUGUUUCGGGCUCGAGCAAGAGCAGCGAUGAUGUUUUAAUGCCUUGCACUCACACAGCAGAUCAAGAUUGCGAGAUGGGGGUCAUGGAGGAGCAGUCAGAUGCCGGUCGCUCUAUUAAUGCAGAGGCUCAGAGCAGUGGUCCGUCUGAAUCUGUGGCACGCUCCUCAACAGGACCAAAGGAGCCGACAUCAAAGAAGCUCCGAGGUCUAGAAGCAGUAGCUAUCAGGUUGCUGGAAUUGCCAGACUCGAACAUACCCAUCACCGAAGAGACAGUCAAGGCGAAGCUCUACGAGCCUGAGAUGUACAGCACGGAGGAGAUUUUGGCCGUCUUGCGGCUAGUGACAUUACUGAGACCGUUUACCCCUAAGAAGGCCCACUCAGGACCCCAGUCAACUUCCUAUCCAAAGAGCGUCUUGACUUUGGGGCCGUUUGUGUAUAUUGCAAAUGCAAUCUUGAGAUCGGCGGGAUACAAGGAUUUCACCCGUAGGAUUUGCCCAGUUCCUGCUGUUGGGAAUCGGCAUGCUGUGCCGUUGGACGCGUCAGGGGUGUAUGACAUAUUUGGCGGGCGAGCACCAGGACGCUUCGAUAUCAAGGGCCCAAGUGGUCGAGUAAUCACCACGUCGACCGUCGCGAGACUGUCUACCGAUCAUCGCAAAUAUGUUUUCGGUGGACUUUUCAAUAUGGCCAUCAUCGACGAUGCCUGCACGAAACAUGGACUUGAGUUCGCACAAAGAAUGACGUACGUCGACUUUUACACAGUACGCAUCACGGGACGACGGGCGAUAACGGGACCAAACCGCCACUUCACCAACAGUGCGUACGAAGACAAGAAGAAGAAGCAUGUUAAGCCAUCAGGUGUAAUCAACUGGACGUCGGAACUACUGGAAACCGGGCACACCCCUCAAUCUGCAGCCAAAGCGUCGGAGGAGAUCAAGAUUGUUCAGGAUCGUUUGGUCACAGAGCUACAACCCCUCAAGAAGGGCCUCAAGGCAGCCACGACGGUCAGGAGAGAAAAGGACCGCACCCUUCGUCACUAUGAAGGACACGACCAGAGACACAAAAAGGGAAUCUACCAGAACCUACAGGAGGCACGAAAAGUCGUCAACAACCUGAAGAAGAAGAUCGUUCCUCUCGAGGCUGAGAUCCGGGAAAAGAAGCAGCAACGCUACUAUUACAACAGGUUGUCCAAGGCGACCGCCCCCCCCAACAGCACUAUCAGAAGACCCUUCUCCCCUGCCCAUCACGACUGUCACAGAGUCUGUCCCAACUGUUCAACAUCCUGGGAUGCAAGACUUUGUCAUCCCGAUACUCACCACACCGGCAACGACGACGGGGCUUCAGAGCCGCCCACCUCUCACGCUGAUGCUGUGGACAUGGACAUUGAUGGCACGGACACCCAGCCCUCUCUGCAUUCAGAAUCGAAAGCGUCAUCUCUUCCAGAACGGACUCGGAACGCCAUAACGAUAACUGGCUCUUUAUCCCGGAAGGCAACGAUCGAGGACAUGCGUUUUGCCAAGUCCAACCGCAUCACCGCAAAACAGGUCAAAGAAGUCGGUGGAGUAGGUAGGGCGACUCGAACAAGGGAGCGUUUGCUUCGACAGCCGGAAAAUCAGAGGAUUUCGGAGCUUCACAAGGAGAUAGGAGAAAACUCCGUUUUGAAGGCGCAGACUAUCAGUGAAGUUGACUCUGCACAGGUGACCCGACGAUCAGCUACACAACCCCUUCGCAACUUCGAGGGCAGCAAAAGCUUAGUGAAACAAACCCACCACAAGGAUCUUCAACUGCAGCGAGCAUGGCAGACGAUCGCAGCCGACGAACGACGGAAAAUGCAGGAUUUUUCCAGAGGAACAGGACAGACCCAACCAGCAUCAGUCAACACAGUCGACUCUAUCGAUGGGUGUUGCAAGUGUGGUAGACACCACCUCCCAAUCCGCGUUGGAAGGGCACUCACCUAUCCACAGGAAUGCCCCAGAGAUGCGUUGCCCAUCAUCCCUAUCAUGUUCGUCGGGACGGCAGGAAUCGGAACCGGGAGUCGCAUUGGCGGUCAUCUAAAGUACGGCGGAAAAAAGGUCGUUGAGCAACAUGCCCUCUCCGUCCCUGUACUGAUGACCGAUGAAAACAUGACAAGCAAAGUCUGUCCGUUUUGUUUUGCGAUUCUACGCCUCGUCAAGGAACUGAGACUUGUCAACGGAGUCGAGAAGCUGGUCACAAUCAACGGUGCGGUUCAGUGCGAAAACCCCAACUGUGAGAGUGUCCGCGCCGGUUAUGCACGUCGAGGCAGGGACAGCAAUGCAUGUGUCAACAUUGCACUUGCGGGAUUCACGACAAUCAUGAGCGACAACAGACAGCCACUUCCUCCCUACAGGAGAUCAACGCGUCCAGAGGGCGCCACCCCUUCAGAACCCCAGUCUCUCGCUACUGGAACACAACAAAACAUCGAGCACUUCGACAACGGACCCAUUGACAACAAUGGCUUCCCGCGACGCUGCUGA